UGGGAACCUUAUUUAUAGUUCAAUUUUGAGUGUAUAAGCUUACAUACGCAAAUGGAGAGACUCAAGCUAAUGAUUCCCGACAGUAUUAAACAGAUAAUCACAAACAGCAAAACUGAUGAUCUUACAUCAUCAUCGUCUGCUCUGCUCCAUUUCCUCAUAGAUUUGCCACUCUUUCACCAGAUGAAUAGUGAUUUGGUGGAUUCAGAGGCUGCACUCUGUGCUAAGAAUAAGAAUGCAGCUAUGGAACUGAAGCUAAAAGCUAAUAAAUGCUAUGUCACUGGAGAUUAUAAUUUGGCUUUGUCUUGCUAUUCACAGGCAUUGCGUGUUGCUCCAGCAGAUGCUUUUGACAUGGACAAAAAUGUGGUUGCAACAUUGUAUCUGAAUCGGGCUUCUCUGUUUCAUAAAAUGGGACUUCUGCCGGAAUGCAUUAGAGAUUGCAACCGUGCGCUGAAAAUUUCUCCAACCUAUGCAAAGGCUUGGUACAGGAGAGGCAAGGCAAAUGCAGCUUUAGGCAACUAUAAAGAUGCAAUUUGCGACUUAAAUGUUGCUAAUAAUGUGGAGUUGUCAUCCAGCGGAAAGAAACAAAUAGAAAAUGAACUGAUGAUAAUUGCAGACCGAUAUAAGGGCACAGCCAAUAGAUCAGUUAAAAAUACUGAGAAUAAAUUUGAGAGUUUCAAUGACCCACACCAAAUAAAGAUAUUACGUGUCACCACACCAGACAAAGGAAGAGGCAUGGCUUCAGAAUCUGACAUUCCUCAAGCUUCAUUGGUUCAUUCAGAAAAACCUUAUGCAUUGAUUAUUUUGAAGAGUUGCCGAGAGACACACUGUCAUUACUGCUUGAAUGAAUUGCCAGUAGACACAGUCCCCUGUAUGGCAUGCUCAAUACCAGUUUACUGCUCCCAGCUUUGCCAAGUACAAGCUGGAGGAGAAACAAUCAGUUACUGCAGAACUAACAGUGUAAUUGAUGGAAGUCUUCCUGAGGAUGCUAAAGAGCAUAUUGCAGAGGUCACAGUGUCCAGUAAUUCUGAUCUAUAUGCUGAAAGCUUUUCUGAACAUAAACAUGAAUGCCUAGGUGUGCACUGGCCUGCGGUAUUGCCAACUGAUAUAGUUUUGGCUGGCCGUAUACUAGCAAAAUCUGUAUCUCAAAGAGGUUCUGUUGAUUCUAACAUUCUUCAAACUGUGGAUCUUUCUCACAGUUACUCACACAUUGAUCCAGAAGGCAAAUUGGAAUUGCACGUAUAUGCUAUUGUAUUGUUGUACUGUCUUCAACGCUCUUUUGUGUUUGACCUUCCAAUAGAUGGAGUCUUUUUAUCACAGACCAUCAUACUUGUAUCUCAAAUCAGAGUAAAUGCUAUGGCAGUUGUCCAAAUAAAAUCUAUUGAUGCUCAUUGCAUAUCAGAGAACUUGGUGAAAUCUUCUCAUAUUGGAGAUGCUGUAACAACUAGUUUGGAGCAGGUUCCAGUGGGUCAAGCAAUUUAUACAGCUGGGAGUUUGUUCAACCAUUCUUGCCAGCCAAACAUCCAUGCAUAUUUCAUUUCUCGCACUCUCUUUAUUCGCACAACAGAAUUUAUAGCCAAGGGCAGUCCUCUAGAGUUGUCCUAUGGUCCUCAGGUUGGGCAAUGGGACUGUGAAGACCGCCUUAAGUUUCUACAAGAGAAGUACGCAUUUAGAUGUCAAUGCAAAGGCUGUUCGACACUAAAUCUAUCUGAUCUGGUUCUGAAUGCUUUUCAUUGUGUCAAUCUGAAUUGUGAUGGAGUAGUCUUGGAUAGCAGCAUGAGUGACUCUGAUUUAAAUAAAAUCAAGAGCUUAACCAGAGUUCAAGACACACACAGCUCAGACCCUUGUUUGCAGGUUGAUGAUUUAGCAGUCGUUGCACCUAAACUAAGAGAUAGCUCUGUGCAAAUUCAGCCUGGAUAUUGUUUAAAUUGUGGUUCUUAUUGCGAUCUGGAAACUUUAGGGGAAAGCCAGAGGAAAGCUUGGAUUUAUUUCAAAAGAUUGCAAGAUGCAAUAUCUUCAAAAGAGAUUUUGACUACUAUUCUUUCCGAUGCUUCAAGAGCUCUUGGUGUUCUGAGGUCAAUAUUGCAUGCGUAUAACAAGCACAUUGCAGAGGCUGAAGACUGUCUUGCACAAGCGUUUUGUCUGGUAGAAGACUUUGAAUCUGCAAGAGAACAUUGUAAAGCAUCAAUCAAGAUACUUGAACGGCUUUACGGGCAGAAUCACAUUGCCAUCGGAUAUGAACUAGUUAAGCUUUCGACCAUUCAGCUAUCAACGGGAGAUGCUUCUUCUGUGCACAGCGUAGAGCAGUUGGACGCGAUAUUUCAGCGGUAUUUUGGAUCACACGCAGACUUCAUUUUUCCAUAUCUUCAAUCACUGAGAGAGAAGCUUGUAACUUAAUUGAAUAGAAAGAUAACACAUUGUUGUGAUUUUAUCUGAACUAGUUUUGUGUUUCCAUAAUCCAAGCCGGUACUGUUGUUCAAUGUACAAAUCUUGCCUAAGCAUUAGAUAUGGAAUAAUUAUAUGUUAUUUUUCAAACUUCAA